AUGACACAAACUGAAAUAAUAAAAAGUCGUGGUAAUAAAUUAAUGAAUGACUUAUCAUACGAGUGUUCUGGAAAAUUCGAAAAUUUUUGUCGAAUGUCUUCGGCAGAUUUUGAUUAUUUGCUUAAUUUAAUUGGUCCAUCCAUUUCUAAACAAGACACACACUUAAGGAAAUCUAUACCUGCUCGGGAGCGUUUAGCUGUAACGUUACGGUUUUUGGCAAGUGGAGAUAGCUAUCAAAGUUUAAGCUUCUUGUUCAAAAUGUCACCUCAAGUUAUUUCAUUAAUUAUAAUUGAAGUGUGUGAAGCAUUAAAAACAAAACUUUCAGAUCAAGUAAAGACUCCAACAACUUCUAGUGAGUGGAAAAAGAUUGCCGACGUAUAUGAAAAAAAAUGGAAUUUCCCGAAUUGUAUUGGCGCCCUAGAUGGGAAACAUGUGGUCAUACUUUCUCCUAUUCAUAGUGGUAGUGAUUAUAUUAACUAUAAAGGAACAUUCAGUAUCGUUCUAAUGGUGUUGUGUGAUGCUGACUAUAACAUAACUUAUGCAAAUAUCGGAUCACAAGGUAGAAUAUCAGAUGGAGGUGUUUUUCGUAACUGUGCAUUGUCAAAGAAAUUAAAAAACAGAACGUUGAAUUUACCUACACCAAUAUGUUAG